AUGCUUUUUAAUUUGAGGAACUUCUUCAGUGUUUCAAUUUUAUCAAAGAGCAGCAAGCAUCUGGUGCGACAUUUUUGGUACACUACUGGCAAUUGGUGGAAACUUUCUCUGAUUAGCAGAGAUGACAGAAAAACAAUUGUGGAAAACAACUGCAGGUAUGGACAACCAGCACUAAUGAAUGUUCAUCUGAAAGGCCGUGACCUCCUCACUCUACAGAAUUACACAGCAGAUGAACUCAAGUAUUUGCUCUGGAUGGCCUCAGAUUUGAAACAAAGAAUAAAACACAAUGGAGAGUAUUUGCCUUUGAUGCAAGGAAAAUCUUUGGCCAUGAUUUUUGAGAAGAGAAGCACAAGAACAAGAUUAUCUACAGAAACAGGAUUUGCUCUCCUAGGAGGACAUCCUUGCUUCCUUACAACACAAGAUAUACAUCUGGGCACUAAUGAGAGUCUCACAGAUACAGCAAGGGUGCUGUCCAGCAUGACAAAUGCAAUCCUAGCUCGAGUUUAUAAGCAUGCUGAUCUGGACCUAAUGACAAAAGAAGCCACAAUUCCCAUAAUCAAUGGCUUGUCCGACUCACACCAUCCUCUCCAGAUUCUGGCUGAUUACCUUACUCUUCAGGAGCACUACGGUGGUCUGAAGGGGCUCACGGUGACCUGGAUCGGGGAUGGCAACAACGUCCUCAACUCCAUCAUGAUGAGUGCUGCAAAGCUGGGAAUGCACCUCCGUAUUGCAACUCCGAAAGGCUUUGAACCAGACUGCAGAAUGACUAAAAAAGCUGAACAGUACUCCAAAGAGUAUGGUACCAAGUUACUUCUCACAAGAGAUCCUUUGGAAGCUGCAAGUGGGGCCAAUGUCUUAGCUACAGAUACAUGGAUAAGCAUGGGGCAAGAAGAAGAAAAGAAAGAAAGACUAAAGGCAUUUCAAGGGUAUCAGAUUACAAUGCAGACUGCAAAAUAUGCUGCUUCCAACUGGACAUUUUUACACUGUUUACCCCGAAAACCAGAAGAAGUUGAUGAUGAAAUAUUUUAUUCUCCACAAUCAUUGGUUUUCCAGGAGGCUGAAAACAGAAAGUGGACAAUUAUGGCUGUCAUGGUUUCCCUGCUGACAGAUUACUCACCGCAGCUACAAAAGCCUACAUUUUGAUGCUUGGAAUCCUGCCAAGAGAAAAUGCUCCGCGUCGGCAGAAUAUUCUGGUCUGCAAAUGCAUAGAUCUUCUUCAGGAAAGAUCAAAGCAAUGAAUGCUUCCUUAAUAAAACUGUAUAGAUGCCUCCGUGAAACUGCGCAAAAUUGCAUUACAUUUGUGAAAAUUUUUGAGACAGUAAACACUCCUGCAAAAGCUGCCGGAUGCUCUAAGUUAUAUAUCUUUCCAAGCGGUCAGCAUCUCUGGCAGGUUUUCCAGGCUGUAUUUCAACGAUUUUCUCAUCCAAUAUCACAGACAUGCCGUAUCCCUUGGCUGCUGGUGCCAGGCAGCAAGCACAGGGCACCACCACUGGGAACCCUGUGUGCCCUGGGUUCCC